GUGUCAACAUGGCGGCAUCCAUGGCAUCCCAGGCUGCAGCAAGAGGACUGAGGACAUCCACCUCAAAGCACCUACUUCUGGACAAACUCAAGAUGCCAAGGAGAUCGUGCUGAAGGCUCAGAUUCUGGCCGGUGGCAGAGGCAAGGGUGUGUUUGACAGUGGCCUUAAAGGUGGAGUGCACUUAACUAAGGACCCUGCAGUGGUUGGUGAACUGGCCAAUAAGAUGCUGGGUUACAACCUGACUACCAAGCAGACACCAAAAGAUGGAGUGAAAGUGAAAACGGUGAUGGUUGCUGAGGCCCUGGACAUUAGCAGGGAGACCUACUUUGCCAUCCUGAUGGACCGCUCCUGUAAUGGUCCUGUCAUGGUAGGAAGCCCCCAGGGAGGUAUGGAUAUCGAGGAGGUAGCUGCCAGCACCCCAGAACUAAUCUUUAAGGAAGUUAUAGAUAUAUUUCAAGGUGUGCAAGACGACCAGGCACUUCUCAUGGCAGCUAAUUUGGGUUUCAAAGGACCUCUGCAAAGACAGGCAGCAGAUCAGAUUAAGAGGCUCUAUGAUCUGUUCCUGAAAGUCGACGCCACUCAAGUCGAAGUCAAUCCUCUCGGAGAGACUCCCGAAGGACAAGUGGUUUGCUUUGAUGCUAAGAUCAACUUUGACGACAACGCUGAGUUCCGCCAGAAAGCCGUCUUUGCCAUGGACGACAUGACUGAAAGCGACCCCACAGAAAUGGAGGCAGCAAAGUGGGACCUCAAAUAUAUCGGACUGGACGGAAACAUUGCCUGCUUUGUGAAUGGAGCCGGGUUGGCAAUGGCUACAUGUGACAUCAUUGACCUGCAUGGAGGAAAGCCAGCUAACUUCCUGGACCUGGGGGGAGGUGUCAAAGAGAGGCAGGUGUAUGAGGCCUUUAAGCUGCUCACUGCUGACCCUAAGGUUGAGGCCAUCCUGGUCAACAUCUUUGGUGGGAUCGUCAACUGUGCCAUCAUUGCCAACGGCAUCACCAAGGCCUGUCGAGAGCUGGAGCUGAAGGUGCCACUGGUGGUCAGGCUUGAAGGGACCAAUGUCCACGAGGCCAAGAGGAUUCUGACCGAGAGCGGCCUGCCCAUCACAGCAGCAGAAAACCUGGAUGACGCCGCCAAGAAAGCAGUGGCUGCCAUCAAGAAAUAGAAGACUCUCAUUGUGACCCAGCUACACUCUGUCCGCCAAUCACCAACAUUCAUAACAACCUCAGUUCAUCACCGUCAGCCUUUUCUUCUUUCAGACCUCCAGGACUUCAAGCCUUUGUUCUCAUAGGCCUAGAUUUAUAACACUAGCUUCCAAAUGAUACUCUCUUUGCUAAUUGAGUAUAUCACAGGUUUUGAGGUGUUGUAUCACAACAGAAAUUUUGUUUUCUCUAUUUAAUGCAUAUUAAUUAGGAUGAAUCACUCUCAGGCUUGUCAUCACUUUACAUUGUGAAAAUCUACAUAAUCUUGUCAUGCAAAAUCAGAGAGACCCACACUUUGUGCAUUCCUUUUUUUCCAUAUUAUGGCAUUUGUACUGAGUAAUAAUUGAAUAAAAGAGAGAGAAAUGCUCCACACACCUCCAGCCUUGGCUUAGGGUACUUUAAAGGCACAGUGUGACAGAAAAACAGCCACUUCCUGAUUUGUGAAAUCAUUUGAUGGCAUUUGGCUACAAAUUGAAAGGCAAGCCGUUAACUUUGGAUUAAUCUGUUUUCUUAGUGACUUCAUUGUCCAAGUUGAUCCAUCCCAUGCCUUACCUGUGUCUCGAAUGAAGUACCUAUGCUGUGAAUUUUGUACAUCAUGUCUUAUUUGUUAAGUGCUCAAUGGGAAACCAUGUGUUAACUGCUUAAACCUGUGCCUAUUUCAUGUAGGCUAAAGGAUUUUGUAAACUAUCCCAGCUGUAGUUUCAUACAGAGAGGUGCUAAGAAAAUAAAAUCAAAAAUACAAUUGUACUUAGAUUUUUUUUAUAAUUGUGAAUGUAUAUUGACAGGAUAUCACAGUGUGAAAACUGUGUAUAAUUUGAGAGAUUAAAAACAUAUUUCAGGA